AUGCUCGUUACGCCAAGCCAGCCAGACAGACAUGCCGGUAUGUCUGCUUUCCUUCGACCGUUACACUCCCCAAUUCCGUCUCUGUCGCCGUCCACACCCGCAGGCGCAGCUCCCUCUCGCUCUCCAACCCAACCACCUCUCCAUCCACCACCUAUAGCCCGCGCACAUGGACAUCUAGCUAACCUCCCUCCCUCCCUCUCUCUGUAUCCGCAGGCCUACAACUCAAUAUUCAACUCGGACCCCUCCGUCGCCCAGGGCCGCCUGGUCGGCAACUUCCCCCUCCUGCCGCUCCGCACCAAGACCCGCGGCCCGGCCUACACGCUGCCCCUCGACGCCGCCCUUCCCGCCGGCGAGUCCCCGGACCCGGACAGCGAGUCGUACGACAUCCUCGACGAGGUCCUCGCCCUCUUCCGCGCAAACACCUUCUUCCGCAACUUUGAGAUCCAGGGCCCCGCCGACCGCCUGCUCGUCUACGGCAUCUGGUUCGUCAGCGACUGCCUGUCCAAGAUCAAGCCCUCGGCCGGCGUGCGCGACGCCACCAAGGAUGUCAUGAACCUCGCCCUCGACAACAACUUUGCCAUCCCCGGCGACCCGAGCUUCCCUCUGAACCAGAUGUACGAGGCCCCGCGAGACAGGCAAGACGCAGAGCUGCUCCGGCAGUACAUGGCCCAGGUCCGCCACGAGCUGGCCAUCCGGCUGCUGGCGAGGGUGUACGAGGAGGGCGGCGAUGGCAAGCCGAGCAAGUGGUGGCUGAGCUUCACCAAGCGGAAGUUUAUGGGUAAGGGAUUGUGA